UAAAGAAGGACGUUCGUACGGUAGCGCGCGGACGUAACAACGCUUUUCUGUCGUUUCUUGGCCAAAAACAAAAACAAAAUGCAAUAAAGCACAUGCAAAAGCAGUAACAAAAAAAAAACAAAAACAUGAAAUGUAAUUGUGGCAGCAAGAAAAAAGUGCAAAGCAGAGACUAACAAAGCAAAUAAUUUGAAUAUUAAUUAUUUGUCAAGUGCUUAACUCAAUGCCACUGCUCUUAUCAGUUGGGCAAAUAAUAGAAAAGUAAAGAAAUAUUUAUUUACGACCACAUGUAUUUGUGUUUUUGCAUUGUAUUUGCACUGAUUUUGUGCUUUUACUUUUCUACGCGAAAGUGAAAUUGAUUACAAGAAAAUCAUAAGUAACUUGUAAUUAGUACGUAAUUAGAAAUUUCUAGAGUUUUACUUAUAAUUACAAUUAUUUCGUGGUUUUUGGCUAGCGUUUGCGGUUGUUUAGCGAUUAUUUUAUUACUAAUUUUUUUAAUUAAGUGCGAACAUUCGUGGAUAUUUUGCCGUCGCGCGUGCUGAGAAUAUAUUUCGAUUGCCAAUAAUGAAUACUAAGAAGGCUAAAUGUUUUUCAAAAAUGUAAUGCGAGAAAAAAAGUUUUAACUUGACACAUAUCAACGAAUUUUUCAUGGAAUAAUCAAUAGAAAUAGUGAAUAAAACAUAUACGAAGCUUAAGGCAUAAAAAAUAAUAAAAAAAUAUACGAGAAUAUUUUCCAAACACUUUCAAAAAAAUCACAAAAAAUACUUAUACUUCAGUGUAAAGAAGAAACUGCGUAGCAACUGCGCUGAACAUACCCAGUAGGAAAAAUAUAGUGCAAACACAUACACAAGCAAAAACAAAGACCGAGAUUAAAUGCGUUAAAAACUAUACAAGAAAAACAUAAAUUAUAUGCAAAGCGCAGAUGCUACAACAACACUUAUAACAACCAGCUUAAAAUAUAAUAGGUUGGAGAAAACAACAACAACAAUAACGAAAAUGCUGUCAUUCUAUGCAAAUUACGUGCUACACACGUCUCGACUGACGCCCACAAUGGCCAAAACGUUUGCCAAGCUGUUUGAACUUAAUAUGCCAUAGAUAUGCGCAACUGCACACACACACUUUGAAAGACACUCACACACACACAAGGACGAAUACAAAGUGAAAAAUACGCUGUAGUUCACCUACAUACAUAGUGAUGAAUGUGUGAAAAAGUGUAAAUGUCAUGACGUUUAUUUAUUGUCUACGAAAACCACAAAACCCGAAACACAAAUAACAGCAACAACAACAACAACAACGACUAGUCUGCAUAGUUAAAACGCAUAAAAAAACUGUUUAUUUUUGUUUGUAUGUGUACGUGACGCAACCAACACGUUGUAUUUAACAAAAAAGUUGCAGAAAACAACAAUAAUUCGAACAACAACAAUAUUUCGAGCAACAACAACGACAUUUUGAGCAACAACAACAACCCUUCGAGUAACAACAACAAUAUUGCAAGAAACAACAAUAAUAUUUUGAGCAACAAGAACAACAUUUCAAACAACAACAACAAUAAUACGAAAACAACAACAACAAAAAUUCGAAAAACAACAACAACACCGGCGAGUGAUACCACGUCAAGGACAUUGACAAGCUGAGCAAUCACGACGCAGGAUAACGGCAAACGAGUGGCCACACGAAGUUGAUAACGACAACAUAACGUGUAAGCUAAGGGUAUUCCAUAAAUAUUUGUGUUCGCGUGUGUGCGUUUUCAUACAACUUUUUCACUUUAUUGCCCGCGUGUGGCAAUAAAAGCGGCAAAAAGAGGAAAAUAACAAAGUCUGUCAUCGAUACGGUUGAAGAAGCAGCCACCCUGUUGCUGGCAUUCAAUUGCAGACACCGACAAAGGCAGCUUACGACUUAACACACACAUGCAAGCAAACACACAGUGAAUGUGUGCGGCAUUUAUUUUAUAUUUUGCUCGUAGGAAGAGCUCGGCAAGCUAGCCUUGUGCUACAAUUACUUAAGCCUCGCACACAUACACAGUUAUUUACAAAUACAUAUAUACAUAUAUACAUAUAUAUCAGGUAUAUAUGUAUGCACAGAUCUCACCUAGAACGGCUGACGGCUAUGCGACGUUGCUAAUUUCAAUAUAAAUCAAGCUGCUCAACAUAGCAACGGAAAAGCAGCAGAAGAAUCAGAAACAGAAACAGAAACAUACAAAAAAUAACCACCCACUCUGCAAGAACAACAACAAUAACAACUAAGGAGAAAAACAAACUAAAGACCAACCCAACUAAAGACGCUCUACGGCAACGAACCUCCAUGCAACUCACCAACCCAGCGAACAUCUGCACCACCAACCGACCAACAAUAAAUACAACAACAACGACAAGAACAACUAAUUCACCUUCAAAGCUUUAAGGAUUAAGCAAGCAUUAAUAUCGAUCAGUUACAAGCGACAACAAAAGUAGCAAAUAAACGAGUACCAGCGCACACAUUGUUGCAGCAGGGGAGAAAGUACUCACAACAACAGCAACAAAAACAAAAGCAAAAACAAAGUACACAAUAAUAAAAGCGAUAAUAGCGUCUCACGUCGCAACUAAAGCGUGCAACGAACAACAACUACAAAAUACUAACACACACACUUACACAAAUAGACGUGUGUGUGUUUGUGUGACAUGUUGUUAGCUUGAAAUUAGAGUCCUCUAGAAUCACCUAUACAGCUGUCAAACACAUCUACAAACAACUACACACAUACAACCUUUCGCCCGCCUGCCUGCCUGCCGAACAAAUAGGAAUUCAACGAAAUGGCACGACGCAAAGGAAGCGGAAGAGGAAAAACAACAGUGAAUUCACGCAAAUCGGCGUUGGAGAACGCGCGCGAGCGGCUCAAAGAUGAUCCCGGCGGCACAACGCAAUCACGCCAAACGCAACAGCAACAACAAAACCUUAGCAACAGCAAUAUGGAAGCUGCCACAACAACAACUACAACAACAAAACACUAUAAUAAAACAACAAAAUUACAAAACAAUCAUCAUCGUGCCACAGAACGACGCGGCACAUAUCGCACGCAAGGCGGCGAAGCGCAAGCAAAUGCCAGCGAUAACGUCAAAGUGCCAAAGCAGACAGCCAAGCAGGCAAAGGCGGCAGCAGCAGCUGCACAACGCGCCGCCGCACUGGCUGCUUACACGACAACGGAGACAGUAGUCAGCGGCAGCACUGGCAAGGCAACGGCUGGCGGUGCCAAAGAUCCACUUGCGAUUGGCAACGAGGCAGCGGUGGUCAUACAAGGCAAUAACAAGUCGGCACGCGCCAGGGAAGCUAGAGGAGAGCAAAAGACUGUUGUAAAAUCGGAAACAGCCACAACAAAUGUUAAUAAUAACAACAACAACAAUACAACCACCGCCACUAGCAGUAGCAGCAGCCACAACAGCAACAACAAACACAGUGAUACUAGUAACAGUAGUUUAAGCAAAAAUAAUUUUACCUUAAGUCAAACUGAGUUGGCGCGCAAAAGUGAAAAAUCACAGCAGCAACAACAACAACAACAACAAAAUGUCAACAAUAGUAGUGAUAUGACAGCAACAGCUAAAACAGCGGAGGCAACAGCAGGUGCAGCGCCAGUCGCAGCGCCUGCCACCGAGCCGAAUACCUGGAAUAACGCGCGCUAUUUACACAAAAAGUUCAAACGCCUCGCCAGCACCACAGACGUGGACAGCCUGGUGGCGGACAGUCAGAGCGUCAAUGCCGCAGGCAGCAGUGCGAGUAGUGAGGCAGGCAGUGAGGCGGCGCCAACGCGCACCACCUCGCUGUCUUCAGCCGCGUCGACUAGUUCAAUAUCGCCGCCACCGGCCACAACACCCACACCCACAGCGGCGACGAAUGCGCAAAGCACAGCGCCAACUACCAACGCCGCUUAUGUACAAAGUGCCAUUGCCGCGUUGCCAUUGACGAAUGGACACGCGCACGCGACGUCGGCACCGGCUGUUGCAACAGUGGAACACUCCAAUUACAAUAACAAUACGCAUAGUGUUAAGUACAGCGGCGCGUCAGCAAAUAGCAAUAACCACAGUGAGAGCAAUAACAAUGAUGGCAUCAGUGCGGCGCAGCAGCUGGAAGCAGAGCAAAUACCGCAAACUUUGUCGCAUAUUUAUGAGAAUCAACAGAGUCAGCAGAAUAACGGUGGCAAUAGCAAUGCCAGCACGGGACGCUACGUGUGUCCCUAUUGCAAUCUGAAUUGUACAAAACCGUCGGUGCUGCAGAAGCACAUACGCGCGCACACCAACGAACGUCCCUACCCGUGCGACAUCUGCGGCAUCGCAUUCAAAACGAACAGCAAUUACUACAAACAUUGCCGAUCGCGUUCGCACGCUGCGCGGAAACGCGGCAUUGCGGUGCCUAUAAGCGCCGAUGAUGGGCUCUUCGGCGGCUCCGAUCAGGAGGGCGAUCCGGAACUGAGCAACAGCAGCUCAGAUGUGAUAAGUCGCACCGCCUCGCCGCUGGAAGAUCUAAGCACCGCAUCGUCACCUGUGGUAAUGAGCACUACGCCGUCAACAGCCAACACACUUACACCGCAACAACUGCAGCAGCUGCAGCAACAACAACAAAAGCAGACGCAACUACAACAACAACAACAAAUUGUUUUGGCAUUGCAACAUCAGCAGCAGCUGCAGCAAGCCAGCGCCGCGCAAUCACCGCAUGUCGCGCUGCCAUCCACACCCUCACCAUCAUCGCUUUCGUCAGCGAAAAGCGCCUACUUGCAACAGCCCGCGCAGCAACAACCGCAACAAUUACCGCUAGGUUCACCAGCUGCUGGCACAUUGCCGCCACCGCAGCCGACGACAUCAAAUGUCACUACAAUUACUGCCGUUACCACGACGUCCAAACAGGCCGCCGCCGCCACCGAGCUUAAACCUUACAAACCGAAAUUUCACAAUGCGGCGUUUUAUGCGACGACCAAGGAAGCAGCGGCAGCAGCCGCCGCCGUCGCAGCUGGCAUGCCGCCCGGUCUGUUGCAACCCUUGCCGUUACAACAGUCGCCACACCAGCAACUACCACAAGCGCCACCACAUAAUAUGCCGCCUGCUACACACCUAGCUAUGCUGCCGCAAGCGCAAGCGCCACAGCCAGCGCCAACUGCGGCGCAUCAUCCAUCGCUGUCGCCCAGCACACAAGUGAAGCUGAGCAAUCACAUCAACACACAUCAGUUACAGUUGCAGCUGCAGCAGCCACAACAACCGCAAGCGCUACACGUGCUACCGCCGCCGCUCAAUGCAGGCAUACCACUGCAUCACGUGGCGGCCAUGUCACCGAAAAGCGCCGGCCCGCGCCCUGACUUGGUGAACGCAGCAGCGGCUGUAGCAGCGGCCAACAUGGGUUAUCUGCCAGGCACGCGCAUGAUCUACCCGGGUGGCAUUGAUUUUCCGCCUGAUGCACUGCACAUGAUGACGGCCGAUAAACGUCAAAAACUGCACUUCCAGUACAAGUGGCUGGAGCAAGAGUUGCAACAACACUUUCACAAACUAAGUCAGCAGCAGCAACAGCAGUUACAGCAUAUGUCGCCCUCACAGUUAGCCGUACAUGCACCACCAGCACCAACAACAGUACUAAAACCCACCGCUACAUUGCCAGUGCCCGCGCGCGCGACGAGCGCGGCUAAUGCCCAACAUGCUAGCGCGGCGCCAGCAGCAGGUAUGCAGCAAAUGACUGCGUCUGCGCCAUUGCCUGCAGCGCAACAAACGCCAUUACAAUAUUUCUCCAACACUGGCGGCGGCGGUAUGGUAAGCGGCGCCAGCAGUGCCAACAGCAACACCACCGCCUCUAUAAGCACCGGUAUCUUGCAUAGCAACAUCUCCAAUGCGGCCGCCAGCGGCACGAACAAAGUGGCCGAUCUUGUGCAGGAACACAUCACAAAGUUGAUCUCACAGAAUGAGGCAAUUGUGGAGAAUAAAGCGGUGCUUCUGCAGAAGAAGUAUCCGAAGGGUCUAAAUCGCUCGCGUAGUUUUACUAAUAAUGGCGGUGGCAACAGUAGCGGCGCGGCAGCCACCUCGACAGGCAAUGCAGGUGGCAGCAAUGUCAGUUUGGUCGCCACUACCGCGGUGGGCAGCGAUAGCGCCACCAACGCUAGACUAGCGCAAGCGAUUGUACAGAAGCAACAACAGCAACAGUUACAACAACAAUUGCAGCAGCAGCAACACUAUCAACAGCAAUUCCAGCAACAGCUAAUGGCCGGCUCACAGGCAAUGCAAAUGCCACCGCCCUCCCAGCAGCAGCAGCAGCAACAUAUUGCACAGCUGCGUCUCGAGGAGCAACAUCAACAGCAUCAAAUGCAGCUGCAACAACAACAGCAGCAGCAACAUCACAUGCAACCAAAUGGUAUUUCGAAGAAUCUUAUGUCAAUGUCCAGCGCGACAAAGUCCAGCGGCAUUUCAGCGCCUAUGCCACAACACUUGCAAACUUUGCAUCCGCAACCCCAACGGCAUCCAACCACAUCCGCUUACAGACAGCAGCAGCUGUCGACUGUGCCGCCACCAGAAACGCAACGCCCAACACCGUCACCUACAAGCGCACAAUCUAGCGGCGCCUUACACAAAGACAACAUGAACGCUAUGCAGCAGAUAAGCGCCGCCGCCAACUCAAAUGCGCUGCCAUUGAACCUCUCCGCUAAGCCGAAGCCGCGCCAGGAAGAACAAACCGAAACCAUUCCAGCAAGCAACUUAGCCAACUCAACGCCAAGCAAUACACCGCGCAAGCGUCAGUCUAUCGAAAACCAGAUGUCCAAUUCCAGCAAUGAUGGUUCCACCAACAGUUCGAUGGUUACCGCGCCGCCAACUGCUAGCAGCGGCGCCGCCAAUGCCAAACAACCAACAAAUGUUUCUAUAAUUAAGAAUUUGCUGCUGAAUGCGCGUGGUUUGGCGAAACCAACCGGCGAAGGUGAGGAUGCUGUUUACAAUUGUCCGCUCUGCUCGAAUACCUUCCGCACGGCAGAGGAUUUACAGCUGCACAACAGCACUUACUGCCAAGGUGCCACAAGCGCGCCUAUCAGUCCAGUAUCGUCGCCUUCGUACCUCCACUUCCGCUCGAACUCGAUGACAUUGAAUCUGCCCGAGCUGAAGAACACCAUCUUAAGUUCACAAAAUCCACUGCCGCUCGCUAAGCUGGCUUGGUAUCAGCUACGCACCAAACCGAGUUCGUUGGUUUUAAGUCGACUGAGCGCCUCGCAGGCUGGCAGCUCAAAGGCUACUACAACCACGACUACUUCGGCGACAUCCACCGCACCAACUAGUUCAACAAGUAGUAAUAGCGUUGCCAACUGUGUUGCUUCACCUAGAAGUACGCCGCCUAAUGGUCCGCCUGCCAAUUUGACGUUACCCGAUCCGAACAUUGUACGUUUGAUCGAUGCACCACUGCCAUCACCAGGUCCACUGUUGGGCAAAACACCACUUGUCGAUUUUGGUAAUACCAGCGAGACGCGUAAGACGUCAGAAGAUGUGAUUAUAACCAAAAUGCAUGAAGAUCGUCAAUUCGAGACACAUACAUCCGCGAAACGCGCUAAACUGGCUUCGGAUAGCAACGAGGUAUUUUCGCUAAAUCAAGCAUCUACCAGCAGCGGUUGUGGUGUGAUGGCCGCAACGUCAAGCAAGCGCUUGACCAUCAAUAGCAUCAGUGGCGGUGAUAUACAGCUGCUGCCCAACACCAGUACCAGCGACCUGAGCAAAAAGGAGGAACGCAUGCGUCGCUUCACCUCUUCCGGCGGCUGUAUUAUACCACUUUCGGAGUGCAGUGAUGUGGAUAAGAGCACAAAAAUGAUACGUACACCCUUGCUCUCGGGCGGCAGUUUUCAGGAAGUCUCACCCAAACCGAAGGAUAAGGAAAACAAAAGUAAUAUUGCAUUGCCCUUUCCGAACAGCAGUGCCUUCACGCCGAAACUAAGCUUGGUCGGUCUUGGUUUACCCACAAAUGGGCCGCAGCAUUUUCAUCAGUUCUCCAUCAACCCCAUAACAGCAUUCAAUCCGUUAACGCUGCCACCUUUGCAGAGCAUGACCGGUAGUGGUGAGAAAAUUAUACCACAUGUACCCGGUAUACCCGGACCAAAUAGUCUAACACCCCAACUGCCACCACCGCAACAUCUGCAGCUGCCGCAACCGGGACCACAACUGCUAACCGCAGGACGAUCGCUCAGUCCGAACCGCAAAAAGACACAAAGCCCGCUGCUGAUUGCUAACAGUGCUAGUCCCAAAUCUAUGACGAUGUCGUCGCAGGAAAAUCUCAAAUCUGCAUCACCAUUUCGUGGCGCGCAAAAUGCACCCAACGAGUUCGAACGUGCGUCAGGCAUGCGUGCGGCACGCAAUUGGAAUCCGCAAGCUGCAACAGGCUCGACAAGCAAGCCAAACAGUUUAGAUGUGCCGAAGAAGCCAUUUAAUUUCACACGCAUGGCUGACAAUAUAAGUCCGCGCAAAGGUGGGAGCGCCAAUAUGCCAAAAAGCUCGCCGCCAGAAAAUGAAGUGCGUCACUUCAAUUUCGAUCAUUUAACUAAGGAUGUGGAGACCGGCACCACGACACCGGCAAACUCUGCACUCACACCCCUACAUGUUGAUAUUAACGCCAGCGCUGCGUCUGGCAACAGCAACGGCUCAGAGCCCACCGACGCCGAGAGAAAGAAAUCUAAAUUUCUGCGACCAACCAGUCUGCCACUCAAACCGGGCACAUUCACACCGAAAAGACAUCACGGCAUCACACCAAAUGCCAACACCCUGCCACUUAUUUCACCGGAGACACCACGUCAAUCCAAAUCUUGCGUACAACUCUAUCUAAACGGCCAUGCUUACACAUAUUUAGGACUCAAGUGUAGCACGAAAAUGUUCUACUGCACCGUUAACUGUCCGCAGGCUUCUUAUGUGGCGGGCGCUCAGAAGCUCUCCAUGUACAGCGUUUGGAAGGUUUGCGCGGAAAACAAUCCACAUCCGUUGGGCUUUAAACCGAAGUUGGUGAUGUCCUUGUAUGACUCACGUCAGAAGAGCUCUACCAGCACUAUGGCCGGCAUGAAUAAGCUGCCCUACACUUUGGUUGUCUCGCAGCAGACCGUUAUGACACCGUUCGAGAACAAUCAGGGUCAGUAUCUGCAUCAUCAAUUGAAGCAAAUCUCACUCAACACCAAUACUACGGAGAGCGCCGAACAGUUGAAGAAGGUUAGCGCCGGUAGUAGCGGUAGCAGCAGUGGUAGUAGUGGUAGCGCAGAUGGCAGUAGCAAGAAAGAGCCAUCGGCUAGUCAGAUGUUAGUUGGUGGCUAUGAAUCGCACGAGGACUACACCUAUAUACGUGGUCGUGGUCGUGGCCGAUAUGUGUGCUCGGAGUGCGGCAUUAGAUGUAAAAAGCCUUCGAUGCUGAAGAAACAUAUACGCACCCACACCGAUGUGCGUCCAUACACUUGCAAGCAUUGCAAUUUCAGCUUUAAGACAAAAGGCAAUCUCACGAAGCACAUGCAGUCAAAGACGCAUUUCAAGAAAUGUCUUGAGCUCGGCAUUAACCCUGGACCAAUGCCAGCUGAUGGUGAAUUUCUCGAACCGGAACCAGAGUUCGAUCAACAAUCGACCACUUCGGCUGGUGGACGCACGUCGUCCAUACCAGGCGAAUCGGACUCGGACGAUUACAGUGAUAACGAGUCCGAAAGCAGCGAUACGGACGAGUCGAAGUCGCGUCUGCUGGAGCACGAAGCAGCGCGUGGUUUGCUUUCGCUCUCUAUGACACCACCCAUCGGGCAAAGCAUUUCACCACAUCCGAAAAGUGAGCCAUACCCAUAUCAGCAGCAUGGCGAACGCAUAGAAUCAGCCGCUAUGUCGUUUGUAGGCCAGACAAGCAUGGCAACAACAGCAGUCACAACAACCUGUGCGUCAACUGGCAGCACGCAUCCCACCGGUAUUAAACGUGUCAUAUCAUUCAGUUCACCCAAACCACCGUUCGACUAUCAGAAACAAGAGCAAUACUACUCCAAUCCCGAAGAGUCCAAGCCGAAACCCAAUAAUAACGCCGCUGCAGCGAGUUAUGAAAGUGCACCUAUAGAUCUCACCAAGCCACGUGCUGCCGUUAGUGUUGCGACCUCGUCUGUAACGGCCAACACAGCUGCAAUUCAGCUGAGCAAUGCAGCGCUUUCAGAAGAAUACAGCGCCAGCACAGCAGUGCCGCUAAGUGGUCCGCCAGUGCAAACACAAGCGCAAAUACGUGACGUGAUCUUCGGCAAUAGCAACAAUGAAUCGGGUUUUUUGAAAACACUCAUCUCAGUGUCGGACAAGGUGCGCAGCUCCACUGAAAUGCUUGAGAACUACAAGAACGGCGAUGAGCUUUCGCAAGCCUACCAAUACCACAAGGCAUUCCAAUACCAUAAAAUCAAGCAAAUACAAAUGAACCAGAGCUUCCCCGACGCCGUCAAUGUGAACGCUAUCAAUCAAAAUCUCGCCAGCACAACAAACAUGAGUACCGUAAGUGUAGCGGGCGCUGGAUCCAACACAGCGCUCACAACAACAGCGAGUGCAAGCAGCGGUGUGCGUAUUUCAGAGAGCAUAGCCGCGACGGUGUUAACCAACGAUACCGCAGAUACCACAGACAGUCUACCGAACAAACCCUCAGCCGCCACCUCCAACAAAGUGGAGAGGGAGAAGAGCACAACUGAGUUGCAAGUACCCACAAUCGAAGUCAUUCCAGCACCAACGGAAGAGUCGAAGAGCGAACAAACAGUGGCUCCAGCAGCAGCAGCAGCAACAGCCGCAAGCAAUAAUAAAAGUAAUGUUUCGAACAGCAAUGUCACUAAUAACAAAGCAUUACCCACAAAGUCCAACGUGCCUGCGGCAUGUAAAUCAUCCGAUGAAGGUGAAGAUAGUGAAUACAUUUCCGAUCAGGAACAACCAGCAGCAGGUCAAACCGCGAAACGCAGUCGAAACAUCAGCAAUACAGCAAACAACAACAGUACAGCAAACACAGAGCCGCAUAAUGCUAAAUUACCUGCGGUUGUGGCACAACCGGGAACUACCGAUUUCACAGGCGUGCUUUCGGCACCUGGACGUACAGUCGUUGUUGGCGAAGAUGGUCUAAAGAAGUCUGGUAAUAAUGAAAUUCAACCCGUCUAUCCGCGCGUGCGCAUGUCACCCGAUGGACGGCCGGUGUGUAAAGUUUGUACUAAAACGUUCCAGACACAAGGCCAAUUGUCUUUACAUAUGAAUAUACAUUACAUGGAGCGCAAGUUUCGCUGUGAGCCAUGCGGCGUAUCUUUCCGCACGCAAGGUCAUCUGCAGAAGCAUGAACGCGCCGAAGCGCAUAAGAACAAAGUCAUGAUGACGUCCACCUUCGGCGUGCCGACAACCUCCAACCCACGUCCCUUCGAGUGUACCGACUGUAAAAUCGCCUUCCGCAUACACGGACAUCUCGCCAAGCAUUUGCGCUCUAAAACACAUGUACAAAAAUUGGAGUGCCUACAGAAAUUGCCAUUCGGCACUUAUGCCGAGAUCGAAAGAGCCGGCAUUAGUCUCACCGAGAUCGAUACCAGCGACUGUGAGAACUCGCUGAUCUCGCUGAAAACACUUGCACAAAAACUCAUCGAAAAGGAUCCGAACAAAUUGGGCAGCUACACAACACCUUCGGGCAUGAGUGGUGGCAGUGGACUGAGUGGCGCCAGUGGUGGUAUGAGCGAAUCAGCCGGCAUAAAUAACAAUCACAGCGCGAUUGUGUCGCAGGAUAGCGCUUCGGAGGACGAUUUUAGCGCCGCUACAAUUGCAGCGGCCACAGCUAUUGCCUCGCUGGACAACGAUAGCGCUACGAACACGCCGAAACGCACCAACUCGACCUCGGAAGACGAGGCCAUCGCAAGCGGUUUGAAUAAUAAUCUCAAACGCCGUCUGCCCGGCAAUUUCAGCAAUGGCGAAGAGAGCGACAAUCCCACCGAGAGUGCGAGCAGCGAGAAACGUGCGCGUGUCUCCUCACUCUCCAGCAUUGGUGCAGCCAGCGCCACCGCUGCGGUCGGUUCGCCCGCAUCGAUCACCUCAUCGAAUGCAUCAUCAAAUAACUGACAUUAUGCCUAUGCGCCGUCGAGCGGAUGAAUGAGGGAUGGUUUGCCGCUGGCAAUGCCGCAACACAGCGCCGCCACCGCCAGACAGCAGUCGCCAGCAACGCAGCCAAUAACCGCACAAUGGCAAGCGCCUGCUUUGCAAUGCAACAAUUUUCACAACGCCACUAACAGCGGCUGGAGCGGUAGUAGUGCUGGUGGUUUGGAACAAAAACAAUUUCACCUGCAAUUACAAUAUCAGCCGCACCAUGCGGUGGAGACACCGUUUGCCUUUCCCCAGUUGAUGCAGAGGAAGUACUAGCGUGUAGUACUUUUGAAGCGGCUAACAAGUGCGUAAGCGCGUGAUAUGUACAUACAUACAUAUAUAAAGAGUUUAUAUUAUAUAUAGAAUUUAUAUUAUAUAAAGUAGAUUUGCGUAAGAGAUUAUGCUAAGCGUUUAAGUGUAACGGCAGUUGUGCUCAGUUGAAAACUAGUUUUGAAAAGACAAAAAAUCCCAAAAAGUCAGCGCAUAUCCUGUAUUACAUAUCGUAUGUAGACAACAGUUAUACAUAACGGAUACACUUACAAAAACACACCGUUUUACAACAAUAAUUUCUUUUUGUUUUACAUAGUAAGCAGCAAAUUUGAGGUUAUUCCAAACCAUGAAACACAAAAACCCGCUAAAAUAUUGAGAGAAAUAUUAAAUAAAAAUAAAAAAUAAUCGGAAUAGAGUAUAAAAAUCUGCAUUUGGGCGCAGCUGUCGUUAUAUUUUUGCUUGGCAUUUUUGCUUGGCUUAUGUUUAGUAUACAAAUAUUUAUAAUAAAAAAUAAGCAGGUUGUGCGCUAAAAUGAAAGAAAAUAAGUUAAAAGGCAUACAAACAUUGUUUUGAAAAUAUUUAAAAUUUCAAAAAUAAAAAUUCAAAAAAAUGUUAAAAAAAAAUUAAUUCGAAAAUUAUUUUUCAACACUACUAAAUUUAUUUAAU